UAGACGCUAUACUGAUGGAGUUCCGUGAGUAUCAGUCGUUACCAGAUCCAGCAUGCAAAUCAUUAGAUGAUUUUUGGGCCUCUGUUGGAGAUUUACCCAAGCCGCUGGUGAGAUUGCUGAUCCCGAGCGCCUCUUCAGUAUGAUUGUAUCAUUUUGAGCGCAAAGAUAAAUCACGAUCAGGAGUGCAAAUGAACUUGCUACACCGGAUCUAAUUGCCCAAGCCAAAAGUGCCACAACACGAAGCCUAUGAAACUUAACUUCAAUGCUGUAUAUAGAUGAUCAUGAUCUUAUUGGCUGUAUCUCCGCAAUAGUAAUGUAAUUACUCUAAAUAAUUAUUAAUUAAUUAAAAAUCAAGCAAAAAUGUGAAAUAUCAAGCAAUUUUGUGCCAGAUGUCACGCAAAUUAUUUGGAGGUGGUUGGUAGGUAUGGAAUGGGCUGGUUGUCACGCCCACGUACCUUGUCUUACCGCCCGUGCGCAUGCGCAAUGCGCCCAGCGCUGUAAAGACAACUCACCGGGUAGUCGAUUUUAA